ACUUAGGCUGGCCCAUGGAGAAAGAACCCAAUUUUUUCUGGCCCAUCUUAUGGCCAGAGCCCAGUUAGUUGGUACUUGAACUCACUCGAAGGCCCGUUUAUUCGUCUUCGCUGGCUCCACCCGAGAAACCACCUCAUUAUCAAUCCGGAAACGAAAAUUAGCAGCGGAAACUCUUCUAUCUCUGUUUCUUCUCCGAAUUUCAAUUGAGUGCGAACACCAUUCGUGGAAGUUUGUAAACACAGACCGCAAUUAUUUGUACAAUUUACGUAAAAUUCAGUCGCAGAAGAAGAAGAAAAAUGGAGGAAGAAGAGGGGAAGAGGAGGAGGGUGGUGGUGGAAUCGCUGGGAUGGUUAACGGAGUCUUCGAUUAUGCCGAAGAAGCAUAGGGCAAUCGAGGGUGUGGGAGCCUCUUCCAUACUCGAGCUCAAGGCUCAGCUCUAUAAGUCCCAGGAGGAGUCCAAGAGGAGCAAGGACUUGGCCGGCCCUGACGUCGAGUUUCACCGCGCCAAGCAGAAGAUCACCCCUCACGAUUCCUUCUCUCGCCACAAUUCCGGCGUCCUAGCUCGCGCUCACAAGGACAAGCUUGAGCUUAAGGCUGUAAAUGAUGGGUCAGCCAGCUAUGCAGCCUUGGAGAGGAAGGCUGAGUUAUAUGAGAAGCUAGUAAAUGGAGAAUUAUCUGAUGAGGAAGACAAUGAGAAGUACUGUGUAGACUUUUUCCGCAAGGGCAGCGUUGUGCAGGACAAGUCAGAGCAACCACAAGGCCAUGGUUCAUUUGCAUCGGUACCACCAGCUGAUGAAGUUGUUGAGGAUGAUGCUUCAGUGUUAUUUAACGUAAAAUCUGUAGGGCCAGGCCGAAAUGCUGGAAUAGUGGACAAUAAUGAACACAAGCGUUUUGUGAGGGAGGUCCAUGUGGAGGCAAGUCGAGCAAGAGAAAAGGCAUCUGAGGUCAAGUUGCGCAGGGAAGAGCAGGCAACUGCACGUCGUGAGAAGCUAAAGCAGGCAUAUAUAAGGAAAAAGUUGGAGAAAUUGAAAGCUGCAUCAACUGCAGAACAAACGUGAUGGCAUUUUGCCUGUGUGCAAAUUAGUCUAAAGAAAUGAUUGUUUCUCAUGCACAUUUUAGUGACAAUGUGACAGUGCCUUCAACGCAGACCUUGGAGAGCGAGACAGAGAUGCGAAAUGAGGCAACCAAGCACAUCAAUUUGGCGCGAAGGAACUUCUUUUUCUUGGUGGGAAGACAGUAUAAUGGGACAGCAUUCACAUCAGCUUCACUUUGACGGAUUCUCUAAAAUAUAGUAUAGUUUUCCAGACUUCCAAUUCAACCGCACUGCACAUAAGCUCCACGCUCUUGAAGUUGAUUAUUUUGUUAAAAUAUACCCAAGAAUGAUAACUAUUUUUGAACAGAUAACUGUAAAUCUCCAAUUGUUGAAGCUAUUUUUGGUGCAUGAACAAUUUGUCUCAAGACAAA